AUGUCGUGCACGCUGCACACGAACCUCGGGGACCUCAAGGUCGAGCUCUUCUGCGAGGACACCCCGCGAGCGGCGGAGAACUUCUUAGCCCUGUGCGCGAGCGGGUACUACGACGGCACGUCGUUCCACAGGAACAUCAAGGGGUUCAUGGUUCAGGGAGGCGAUCCCACGGGCUCGGGAAGAGGCGGGCAGAGCGUCUGGGGCGGGAAGUUCCCGGACGAGAUCCGGGACAACUUGAAGCACACGAACCGAGGGAUCCUCUCCAUGGCGAACAGCGGCCCGGACACGAACAGGUCGCAGUUUUUCUUCACGUACGCCAAGGCGCCGCACCUGAACGGGAAGAACACGAUAUUCGGGAAGAUCAUCGACGGGUUUCAGGUCCUGGACAUGUGCGAGAAGACGCCCGUGGACGAGAUGGACCGGCCGCUCGCGGAGAUUCGCGUCAACAAAGUCACCAUUCACGCGAAUCCGCUCGCGCGAUGA